AUGUCGCUGGACGGGCCGUUCAACAUGUCGGCGGCGUACUCGCCGUCGGGGAUGGCGGUGCCGCCGUGGCUGAACAAGGGCGACAACGCGUGGCAGAUGGUCUCGGCGACGCUGGUGGGGCUGCAGAGCGUGCCUGGGCUGGUGAUCCUGUACGGCAGCAUCGUGAAGAAGAAGUGGGCGGUGAACUCGGCGUUCAUGGCGCUCUACGCCUUCGCCGCCGUGUGGCUGUGCUGGGUCACCUGGGGCUACAACAUGUCGUUCGGCCACAGGCUCCUCCCGUUCUGGGGCAAGGCGCGGCCGGCGCUGGGGCAGAAGUUCCUCCUCGCCCAGGCCGUGCUGCCGCAGACGACGCAGUUCUUCAGGGACGGCGCCACCGUGGAGACGGCGUGGGUGAACCCCUUCUACCCGAUGGCCACCAUGGUGUACUUCCAGUGCGUGUUCGCCGCCAUCACGCUCAUCCUCCUCGCCGGCUCGCUGCUGGGGCGGAUGAACAUCAGGGCGUGGAUGAUCUUCGUCCCGCUCUGGCUCACCUUCUCCUACACCGUCGGCGCCUUCUCCCUCUGGGGCGGCGGCUUCCUCUUCCACUGGGGCGUCAUGGACUACUCCGGCGGCUACGUCAUCCACCUCUCCUCCGGCGUCGCGGGGUUCACCGCCGCAUACUGGGUCGGCCCGAGGUCCACCAAGGACAGGGAGAGGUUCCCGCCGAACAACGUGCUGCUCAUGCUCACCGGCGCCGGCAUACUCUGGAUGGGGUGGGCCGGGUUCAACGGCGGCGACCCGUACUCCGCCAACAUCGACUCCUCCCUCGCCGUGCUCAACACCAACAUCUGCGCCGCCACCAGCCUCCUCGUCUGGACCUGCCUCGACGUCAUCUUCUUCAAGAAGCCCUCCGUCAUCGGCGCCGUCCAGGGCAUGAUCACCGGCCUCGUCUGCAUCACCCCCGGCGCAGGUCUGGUGCAGGGGUGGGCGGCGAUCGUGAUGGGGGUGCUGUCCGGCAGCAUCCCGUGGUUCACGAUGAUGGUGGUUCACAAGCGGUCGCCGCUGCUGCAGCAGGUGGACGACACCCUGGGGGUCUUCCACACCCACGCCGUCGCGGGCUUCCUCGGCGGCGCCGCCACGGGGCUCUUCGCGGAGCCGGUGCUGUGCUCCCUCUUCCUCCCCGUCAGCAACUCCCGCGGCGCCUUCUACCGCGGCCGCGGCGGCGCCCAGUUCGGGAAGCAGGUGGCCGGCGCGCUCUUCGUCGUCGCCUGGAACGUGGCGGUCACCAGCGUCAUCUGCCUCGUCGUCCGCACCGUCGUGCCGCUCCGGAUGCCCGACGAGGAGCUCGCCAUCGGCGACGACGCCGUCCACGGCGAGGAGGCCUACGCGCUCUGGGGCGACGGCGAGAAGUACGACUCCACCAAGCACGGCUGGUACUCCGACAACAACGACACGCACCAUAACAAGGCGCCCAGCGGCGUCACGCAGAACGUCUAA